GUCUACUUGGGCAAAAAAUAAAGAUUUAUGCACAGUUUCUGUACCGGUACACGUGUACCACACCAGUCUUCAGGAUUGCUGAACUAACUGAACUUAAUCUGCCAUUUUGGGAUUAAUUUGGGCUACACAGUGGAUCCAUUACCGCUGCAGUUCUGAGUGCUGCAUGGAGAGAAGGCCCACUCUCAGUUAUUUGGGGGUUACCGGUACUGUCAACAUCGCAUGCAUUGAGAGCACUUGCAUUGACAUUGGCAACAAGCAAAAUCCACCUAAUGAUCAGACUGCACAGCUUAUCUGUGCUGCAGGAAAGGGCGCUCAGAGAAGGUGGCUGCACUUGAAAGGAAAAGAUGAGAGCCGUCCGUCUCCUUGGUGUCUGUGACUUGGUCAUCUUGCGGUUUGUGUAGUAAUGCUGGAACCUUAUCCUCUGCAGAUGAUUCUCUUAUCUGGUUCUCUUACAGCAGUAUCUUCAAUCUUCAACUACAUGUACUCCAAGCUUGGCAGGCAGCUUCAGCCCAUAGCAAGAUGACCCGCAAUCUCUUGAAUCUCUGGUGUCAUUGUCACGGUGCGGUGGCUGGCUGUUGCAACACUUGCAGCACCAAAUCAGGAUUCAGGAUAGUUCUUUGCUGAAGCAUUUGACUUGAAUGGAGCCUCCCAAGGCUGUCGUGUUCUUUUGUUGGAUGUUUCAAAACUAAUGAAGAAACUAUCCCAAGGAAAGGAAGCUGCGCAUACUCAGCCAGGUCUUCUACUCUACAGCUCGAGUGCGACCCCCAAUGGUGCAGGCUGCCUUGCAAGGGUCCAGGUCGGCAUCACAGUUGCCAAUCAGACUAGCUGGUACAGCUCUGUUACCGUAGAGUAGUACAGCAUGUGCGGAUGAGCGAGAUCUACACCAUUCUUUCUGUUUUUCUGGGCGGGGCGGAAGGAGGAAUCAAGAACCGGCUUUUUCUGUUCUUGUCUCAGGUCCAAAGGAAAUAAAGGGGGUGACCUCCAAUCAUUGAGACAAUCGAGACAUCUAUUGAGACAAUGUGGCAAUUUGGUACUUUCUAGUACAGCUCUUGUACUUUAAUCUGGGCCAUGAUUCCUUGAGGCAUAACUCAUCUAUCGUCAAGGCUUCAAGGUUUCGACUACAUCUAUUGCCUCGAUUGGACAGCUAUGGAACACAACAGGCCCACGAAGAAUGGUGGGUCCAAACGAGACGAAAUAAGCUUGAUGAGCAAGCUCUUGAGAUACUA